CGGCAAGGGUAAGUUUGGUCAGAGUCGCAAGGCAUAGGUGGCAAUGAACUUGAAGCUUCGUCAUGAUAAUUAUUGUACUAGAAAAGAUAUCAAGUAGAUCGCAGUAGGGCAUGAGAAAUUAGACGGAGAUAGUUACGUCGCCGAUGAAAUAAUCCUCAGACCAAGGAUUAAUACGAGGAGGGGCAGAUGGGUCUGUCAUUCAACUACUGGAGCUGAGUGAUAUGUAUCUUUGCAAAGAUGCACGUGUUUACGCUGUUCAUCAUCUCCAGCGCCAACGCUACUCACUCGAACCAACACAACUUAUCUCACUUGCAUUGAAGUACAAUAUCAAAGACUUCUUUCCACAUGCUUUCGAGCGGCUCGUUUCAGCUCGCAUCAAUGAUAUAUCUGACGAGGAACGUCACAUGGUUGGAUCUAUUGUAUGGAACACAAUGUUCAAAGUCAAGGAAUGCCUCGAUGUACACCGCCGGAUCAUCGCAUGCGAAGCCCCACCCAUGGUGCAUGCAGCAACUUGCAUGAAGCAAACAAGAUGUGAGGAAGACUGGAAGCAGCUGUGGUGGAAUGGAAUGGGCAGGUUUUUGCUGGACGGACGAAAUCCACAACCUUACAAGGAUGCUGUUGAACGAUUCGAAAAACUUGACAUUGGAGAGAUCAACUUGGACUGUUGGAAGGCGGUGUUAUAUACUGUAAAAGCUCAAAGCACUUUUGAUCACGAGCGGACACUCAUCGAUGCAUCACUCAUACAGCUGAUAAUCUUGCAAAAUGCUUGAUCGUUGAGCCCAGCUUCGAAGAUUUCAGCCAUCCAAUUGAUUAGAAGUACUACCUACAUGAAAUGUCUUGACAUAGUACUAGUAUGGUAUCACGC